AUGUUCGUCAACCUCAUCUUUCGAAUCCUCUCGCUACCUCUCAUCCCAUUCAGAAGAUACCUGCCUCCAUCUCCACCAUCUUCAUUGCCCCGUACUAGAAAACUACUUCCUCAAGCUGAGCAGCCCUCCCCGAGUCCUCCGUUGCUCAAAUCCACCGCCAUGUACGUCUACCUCGGAAAGCUCGACUGGAAGCCAUAUGGCUUGGACGAGACCUUCGUCAUCACCUUGCCCAACGGUCCCGCCCGCGCAGGCGACCCCGCCUACCUCUUCUCACAGUGGACCAAGGACGCCCGCGGCACUGAGAAGGCCAAUUGGUUCCUGGAUCUUGUCGUCGAUAAGGUCUCCAAGACCCAGAGCGGUGACGAUGUCUUCACCCUCAAGAACUCCCACUACUACUCGUGGGAGAUCACUUCCCAGAAGGUCUAUGGAGAACUCAAGGUUACCAUGUCCAACCCCAACAAGGACAAGAGCACCUUGACCUUGAACCGUAUUUGGAAGUCCGAGUCCGAAGUCCCUUCUGGCUCACUUCGCAUCUGGACCGGCAAGAUCAACUGGCCCAGCUACGCGACCAACGAGAUGGCCACCUUCAUCGUCCCCGAGGGCUUCGGCAAGGACAAGCCCGUCUUGGCAGUCUGGCAGUGGACCAAGAAUGGUCAAAAUAAGCCAAAGAAUCCCAACGUCCACGUCGCUAAACAAUCCAUCCUUGCUGGUCCCGAGAAGAGUGUGAAGUUUGAGUACGACUCUUUUUAUCAUCUGACCUGCACCUGGCAGGAGAAUACCGAGAGACUUGCUGUCCACAUGAAGGGAAGUGGAAUUGAGAGCAACGUCAGUAAGGACCUCGGCGAAUUCGCUCUGGCUGCUCAUUACGAUCGUCACUCUCAUGACUUCAACCCGCCAGAGUCCACCCCCAACAAAUCCGAAGUCUACCACCGGCUUCCUCAAACUCAGCCGUCUCUUCCUCGCAUUCUGGCGCCCAUGCCUUUCCCUCGCGGACUUGUUGACACCCUGACUCACGCUCAGGCUUUCAUCGACCAAGCUGGCUACCUUGCCAAGUAUGCCGAGGAUCGAUUCAAGGCUCUCGACUCCGACCUCCACAUCCGCGAUCACCAGCUCGCCGCGGCUGAGACCGAGAUCCGGGAGCUCACGAAGAACAGGGAUAUUCUGGCUAGCGAUGACAAGGAGCAGAAGGCGAAAAUUGUUGCGCUUGCGGAAAGACUUCAAAAGGCCCAGGAAGAAGCGAAGAAGCAGGAGGCGGUGGUGGCCAAGCUUCAGAACGCUCUCAAUGACGGACAAAAGCACGACGCCCAGGACCACCAAGAAAUCGAGGAUCUGAGGGCCGCCAGGAUUCAACUCAAGAGAGAGUUGGACCAAGCCCUGCCCGCCCUUGCUGGCGCCAGGGCUAAAGUCGUAACUCUGUCGGAGGAGAUUCAAAGGCUGAAGGCCGCAAAGAAGGCGGCUCUGUCUGAGCUUGCCAUUCAGCAAAAGCUCAACAAAACUCUUACAGAAGAGAUUGAACAGCUCAAGAAGGCCAAUAAACAGCUCAGAGACGAUUUAGAGCCCCUUCGAGAGGAUAACAAAAGGCUUUCCAAUGAAGUCGAGUAUAAAAAAGCAGCAAUCGAUAGAAAGGAUGCCGAACUCAAGACCGUACGAGCCCAGAAGUUUACCGCUGACUCGCAGGUCAAAGACAUCGGGGACAAGUUCGACGCUAUCGAGAAGGAGAAGAAUCGAUACUGGGAUGUUUUGAACAAGCAUCGCCUUCUCCAGGAGAUUCAGAUUGUUUGA